AUGCUUGGGUAGUUUCAUUCGAAAUAUGAAAUUGACGAUUUAUUUAGAAAAAUCAUCGAAGAUAAGUAUGAACUCAUGUAACGUACAAAAGCAGAUAAUCCUAAUUUACUUUUACCUAAGGAUUUUAGUAAAUUCAUUACGGAAAGAUUAUUCAUGGAUUUCCUACUCACUAUUUACGAUUAUUGUGUAGAACUCCACAAAUUAGAAAAGAAAUAAGCCAUUUUGGAUCAAUAAGGUAAGGAGAGAAAUGGAGUAGCUCCGAAAUUAUUAUCAUCUGAAACAGAUAAAAUUAAUUAAAAAUUAAAGGAGAUAUCUGAAAUCUAUUCUAAAAUCCUUUUAAAAAAAGGCACAUACAACAUUAUUAUCAAAGACUAGAAAUUCUUCGAGACCUUGAUUUAUUUUAUUACUUAAGUGUUGAAAGAAGUCUUUGACAAGAGUGAUUUUAAAUAUGUAGAGGAAGAAAUUAAUAGGAUUUUUAGAACUAACCCAUUCAAUCUGUUAAAAAGAAAAAAUAUAAAUGAAAAGAUAGAACAAAAACAUUUUGGAGCAAGAGACUAUAAAGUUGUCAAGCAGGAUUUUAACCCAGAUGAUGACUUAUCUAAAAAUGACUUGAUUUAAAGAAUUCUAACCAGGAGGGGCAUGCCAAAAAGCAUAGACAGAGAGAUGAUGGUUGAAAAGUCAAAUCUAAAGCCUUUCUUUAUAAGAUCAACCCGAUGUGCUGCCAUUAAUGCCAGAUCUCCUUUGAUUGCAAUUAUGCUUCCUUCAGUUAAAGAGAGAUUAUUUCAAAUGGAAAACGAAAGAAAAUAAAUGACAUCCAGAUUUACUUAAAAGUAAAGACCCGUUAAGGAUUAAGUGGAAUUUUGGAUUUAAGAUUUAGAAAAUAGACAAGCAAGAAUGAAAAGUGAACAUGAAAAUACUCAUGAUAAAUCAAAAUUUAAUAAUAAGGGAUCAUAAUCAUUCUGCUAAUGA